UCUAAAUUGUAUUAAAUGUACAUUCCAGAUGUCCCUUAUCCACCGGCUAACGGCGCUGGCGCUAGCAGCGUUGUUCCUUCAAGUACAAGGAGCCAGCAAGUACACAGAUGAGACCAGACCUUACGAGUUUGGCUUCGAAAUCGAUGGAGAGCAGCACCGGCAUGAAAAGAAAGACGAGAACGGCAUCAUAAUGGGCGAGUUCGGGUUCCUGACGGCGGACGGCGUGUACCACGUGACGGUGUACGCCACCGACGAGGACGGGAACUUCAAGAUCCUCUCCAUGAAGAACAUACGACGGAUGCCACCUUCAGAAAAAAAGGCAAAGGCACUGCCGCUACCGCCCGCAGCACCCUCCGCCCCGCGUGCCCCGCCGCCCCCCGUGCAGGGCCCCGGCCCCGCGUCCCCCGCGCGCACCUGCUCCAGCUGCUCCAUCCCCGCGCCCACCCCGCCGCCCCGCACCAACCCCCCGCCAGCUCCCAACACAGCACAGAACUACCCGCGGCCGCCCAGCACGGACCUCGACGCGCCCUACCCCUCCCAGCCCGGCUCCCAACAAGCAGCAGACCAAGACUUCCCGCCACAGACGCCACCAAGAGGCGGAGAGCGCAAUCCUAAGCAGUUCAACUCUCAAGAGCAGGCGUACGGGGCGCAACCCGGUGGCCCUCAAGGACAAUUCGGUGGAGCUCAAGGCGGUCAGCAAGGUGGAAGUCAAGGAGGAAGCUUCCAGGGAGGUCAACAAGGGGGUAGACCGCAAGGUGGUCAGCCAACCAAGCCGCAGCUCAUUUCAGCGCAAAUGCAAAUCGUAGACAAAAACACCGAUAUCUACGCUCGAAAACCUGGCGAGAAGGAAGGCUUGCCUCAGGGCGUGUCGAAGAGUGAAGUUAAAACGUUACUGUACACUUUCAACUACACUGUAGGGUUCCACGGUCAUCAUGAAGAAGGAUACACGAAUGGCGCGAAAAAGGGAUACUACUUUGUGACAGGACGCAAUGGCGUGAGGACCCGAGUGGAUUAUGAGGCUGACGAGAACGGGUUCCGUCCUGUCAUCACACAAGAAGUCCUUGAUCUGGUGUCCGAAGAAGUACCCAAGGAGGAAACGGAAAAGGAUGAGAAGUACGGACUUAAAGGAUACGAAUUCAAAUGGCUGUACUAUCCAACCGAGUCUAGGAGAUAGGUCAGAAUCCGUGAACCAACGUUACCAGUAACUAAUGUACCUUGAUUUGUUAAAAGUAUUUAGUACUUAGUUGUUAAGUUACCUUAUUUAGUUCUAAGUUUAAACACUGCCUUUGUAAAUAUUGUCUUAAUAAGUUAAGUCAUAUCUACAUAUUACAAGCUGAAAAAGCUCUCGAGAAAACGCUAAAUGCUGUCAGAUUAUUAAAAUUAUUCGGCCACAAUAAAAUAUAAGAAAUAUCAAACAUAAUUAUUACAUAAUAUACUAUUAUGCCAAAAGAGUAUACAUAAUCCCAUAAGCCAAAAUUUUAUUACAUGUGAACUUUAGUUUAUUUACUACUUUAAUUUGGUAAUAAAUAUGUUAAAA